AUGACAGCCUCGAUCAAAGAGCCGGUGUCGUACUCUGAGCACGCGGACGCCGAGUCGGCCAACGUCAAGGCGCUGGACGCGCUCGCGGCCGGCGAGCACGUGCACCUGACGCAGGAGGACAACGACCGCAUCCGGCGCAAGACGGACAAGCGCAUCUUGACCAUCCUGAUCUGGGUCUACUUCCUGCAGAUCCUCGACAAGAGUGUGCUCGGCCUGGGCAACGUCUGGGGCUUGAGCGCAGACACCAACCUCAAAGGCCAGGACUACUCUACGAUCGCGAGCAUCAACGCGAUCGCGCAGCUCGCGUGGCAGCCCUUCUCGUCGUACCUCCUCGUGCGCGUGCCCGCGCGCCCCCUCAUGACCGGCAUGGUGUUUGGCUGGGGCGUCGCCGCGACAUGCAUGGCCGCAGCCCACAACUUCGGCGGGCUGCUCGCCACGCGCUUCCUGCUCGGCCUGUUUGAGGCCGGGUGUCUCCCGCUCUUCGGCAUGCUCACCGCCCAAUGGUACCGGCGCGCGGAGCAGCCGUCGCGCGUCGCCGCGUGGUACAGCACGAACGGUCUCGCGACUGUCUUCGGCUCGUUCCUCUCGUGGGCGCUCGGCCACGUCAAGAGCGAGAGCAUCCGUGCAUGGCAGCUCAUCUUCAUCAUCGUCGGCGUUAUCACCGUGUUCUCCGCCCCGCUGGUAUGGUACGUCCUCGACUCGGACAUUGAGAGCGCCCGCUUCCUCGACGAACACGAGAAGGCGCAGGCCAUCGAGCGCCUCCGCGCCAACAACACCGGCACAGGCUCGCGCGAGUACAAGUGGAACCAGGUGUGGGAGAUGGCGUACGACCCCAAGUCGUGGCUGUGGCUGUUCAUGAGCUUGCUGCUCAACAUCGGCGCCUCGGUCGCCAACGCCUUCGGACCUACCCUCAUCAAGGGCUUCGGCUUUGACAAGGGCACCACCUCGCUCCUCAACAUCCCCUUCGGCGUGCUCCAGUUCGUGGCGAUCAUCGUUGCGUCGUACGCCGCCCAGGUCUGGCGUCAGAAGGGCACCGUCCUCGCCAUCUUUGUUGUGCCCGUCAUCAUCGGCCUCGCGCUCCUCUACACCCAGUCGACGCCCGAGGGCUUCAAGCAGGGGCCGGCGCUCGUGGGCUACUACCUCCUCUCGCCCCUGUACGGCGGCAACCCGCUCAUCGUGACCUGGAUGGCGGCCAAUACCGGCGGCCAGACCAAGAAGUCCACAAUCAUGUCGCUCUACAACGCCGGCUCUGCGGCGGGCAACAUUAUCGGCCCCUUCCUCUUCGCCUCCAAGGACGCCCCGCAGUACAAGCCUGGUGUCAAGAUUGUCAUGGGCAUGUUCUGCGCGCUUCUCGUCAUCAUCGGGAUGCAGGUGGUCGUGCUCUUCUUCCUUAACAAGCAGCGGCAGCGUCAGCGCGUGGCCAACGGCAAGCCGCAGUUUAUCAAGGACACGUCGAUGAGCUCCAAGUGGGAGGCGCACGAGGACGUGCAGGAUGCCACCGACGGCGUGCGGCUCGGCCAGAACGCCCUGCUCGACCUCACCGACUUCCAGAACGACGAGAUGGUGUAUGUGUAUUAG